UAUAGAGUCGGGUUGUGAUUGUCGUGACUGGGAUUUAAUAUGUGGUCGUUCCGAGUUUAGACUGAUACACACACCAGGUCCGACCAUGACGACCACGCUCAGCCAGUCGGAUGUGAAGGCUGAAACGUCACGCCCACCUAGCGGAAAGAGCUCACUAGGGAUAGUCCAGUUCGGCUUCCAUGCCAAAACAAGUUUUGACGCCGAUGAUGCAUUGCUCCAGACUAGAAGCGAAAAGUUACAAGUCAAAAAGAACACCAAAGACGAUGACAUAUGGCGAAAGCCACCCCCUGACUUCCGGGUAGCUGUAUAUGACCCCCAACCACCUAAACGUAACACAGUUGAUUCCAUGCAGCCCUGGAGGUACGGUACCAUCCCUGGGGAGCGAACCAGGGUCAAGAGGGAGAGAGCGUCGUUACUGCCAGUCAUAUUCCGUGACAGAGGCCCAAAGGUAGAAAACUUUGUGACGAGAUUCCAUAUACCCCGGCCUUUUACGGCUAAGAAACAGUUCGUGAGAGAUGGGAUGCACCCAGCGGAGGAGUAUGAGACGCCCCAGAAACACGACUUCAGACGGCAUCCGCCAAUCAAAAGCCUCGGAUUGCCAGAGUUCUUGACAAACUAUGAGAAGGACCCAUACAACAUCCUGUUCAACACAGAACACCGCAAUACAAUACACGGCUUGACGCUGGGCUGCACAGAACGCGACCUCGUGAACGAACGUCAGAUGGCGCCGGCGAUGCCCUCAAAGCCAAAAUACGAGUCUGAGCUCAUCCUCUCCAGAGAUCCUUGGCCAACCAAGAGCGGAGCUUACACACGUCACCGUCGACGUAACCGCCAGCCAUACAGCGCGUUCAUGGAACGUGUGGAGACGGAAUUGGUCACGCAGUGGGCACGUGAGAAACUGGAGAAGGUUUUGCGGGAAUACGAGGAGAGAAAGCAGGCCGUUAAAGUGUCCUAACGAAGCGAACGUUAAUUGUUGUGUUCCUGUAUUCAAUGGAUUUACACAGGCAACAAAUUGCUCCAGUCUCUAACAAACAGCUAGUCUGAACCAGUACACCGAAAGAUGGAUCCCCUGGGCAUAUAACGAGCAGGAUGAAUGCAAUUUUUUCGUGAAUAUAUUUGCAAUUUGAGUUUGAAAGUCGUGUGUUUAAAACAUAUCACCAAACAAGUGUAGUUUCGAACGGUUAAGAGGGAGUGUUUCUGACAAAGCUUGUUAUAAUUAAUAUGGAUGUAUCACAAUUUACAGUUUUUAAUAUUUUAAAACCUGACCAAAAUAGGAUUCCACUUAAAAUUUAACGAGCAAGAUGAAUGCCAUUCUUCGUGAAUAUGUUUGCAGUUUGAGUUUGAAAGUCGUGAAACUUUAAACAGGUGUAGAUUCAAACGGUUGUGUUGGAGUGUAUCUGGUAAAGCUUGUUAUCAUUGAUAUGGACGUAUGAAACUUGACUCAAUAUUAUCACCUGACCAGAAUAAGGACUCCCGCUUAAGCGGUUUAUUUCCACUAUGUCAUCAGUUCAACCUCACACUUACCAGCCAUUAAGAGACAACAGCAUGAAUGUUUGAUCUACUAAGCAUUUCAGUGAAUAAUUGAUACACCAAAGAGUGCUAAAUGCAUCUUCUGUCGGGAAUGCCGACGGGGCAUUAAUGAUUAAUUUUAAUGCGUGCAAAUGUCUAGAUAUCAGAACUUGUUAAUCAGUUAACAAUUGCCAUGGUGUGACCAUGUAAUAUUCAGAGAGGAGCUUGGAUAUGUCGUUCACUGCUUCAAAAAGUUGUGUUUUUUUCUCCGCUAAGACGGAGCGACAGAACACAAUGUUUGUCACAACACAUUCUUCGGGUCGGUCCACAGAGACAUUUAGUUUCGUUUUUAUCUAUUAUUUUUUUAAAAAAAUAAUAAAAUCCCAUUGGUGACGAGGCGCUGUGAUGCUGAAAACUGGUUCUGGCUCAUAUCAUGCCAAAUAUGUGUCUGGUAUCUGACAAGGAGACGUUGCUGGAAUAUUGCUUAAACGGUGAAAACAAGCCCCACUCAUUGCUUGUCUGGGAACUUUAGAAUACAUAUUCGAUGGCCCAUGGUGAGUGAGCGAGUUUAGUUUUACGCCGCUUUUUAGCAAAAAUCCAGCAAUAUCACGGCGAGAGACACCAGAAAUGGGCUUCACACAUUGUACUCAA